UGUAUACCAUAAAUAAGUCAAGGAUUAUUAAUUGCCUUAUUUUAAAAACCUGUACUUCAUUUCCAGUAACUGUUUUAUUACUAAUUAAAUUCUUGUGUAUUAUACAUUUUUUCCAUAAAAGAAUUUAUUAAGUGUGAUACAAAGAUAGUUAUUUCAGCAAAUUUAUUUUAUUACAGAUCAUAAUUUCCUGGGAGUCAAAGUUUCUGUGCCACAAUUAUUUUCAUUAGGUUAAGCUUUUAGAAAAAUAUUUACUUUUUAGAAAUGUGAUCUUCAUUAUAUCCCUAGCAGUGCUAAUGAUGACGAAAACAGCAGAUGGAAUACUUAAAAUAUAAAUUGAUGUUAUCUUCCAAAAUAUCUUUCUUAGGUUAGACCAGUUGCAUUGAUUUAUAGCUGUCUCUUUAGCUCUGAAGAUGGAACUUGUUUAUGACUGCUAUGUUCUUAAAAUGACCCUCAAAACUCCCUGCAGCCAGCUUUUCACAUUUCUGGUUACUAUGGGAGACUGAAGUGAGAAAUAGACUUUAGUGUGUGGUAUGCUGCUUAUUUGAUUGAAUAUAAAUAUUGUAUAUUUAGAUAAUGUUAAUGUGUUAUAAGGCAGUUAUAAUAACUGCGCUUAAAUUUGUGUUACUAUUUUGGGUUUGCCAAAGUAUAUUAUUACAAUAUAACUGUAUUAAGGAGAAUAUGCAAAUUUCUGCAUUUGUAUCAUCAUGAAAACACCCAGGUUUGAUGUGAAUCUUGGUUAUCUUACAUGAAUCCCUAAAGUUGAACAAAUUGUCAAAACCUUGAGUUAUGCUUUAUUUUCAUAUACUGUAUAUUUGAAACCUAGAUUUUAGGUAUUUUUAAAAGAUUAGAAAUAGAUAAUGUAGGGUAGAAUUAAAUUCACUAUUGUCAAAAGGACCUCUUAAAGCAUAUUAUAAACUUAAAUUGAGUAUGCCUGUACUUUCUCUGCAUAAUUGAGAAAUUCAUAAAAUAACUUUAAAAAGAGUAAAAUAUUAGACAAUAUAAUUUGAUGUACUUAUUAGUGUUUGUUAGAUGUAAGAUUAGGACAUACACACACAGAACCAUGUGGUUUUGAAGAAUUCACAUGGUUUAUUUGGUCUUUGAACAUAGAAAUUUGCCAUUCUUUGCAUGCCAUUCAGUAAAACUAUGCUAUUGGAACUAAAUUUAAAUUAAGAACUAUUAAGUUUUGGGGAGCGUUAAUUGAAAUAUGAAUUAUUUUCUUACUAUUAUAGAAUUUUUUUUUAUAGAAUGGGCUUUGGAAAAAUAAUCAAGUAUAAAAAAGUAUAAAAGUUAUAAAACAUCCUCUAGCAGGUCUUUGUUUUAGACUUCUCAUUUUCAUUUUUAAUCUUAUGUUUAUUUUCUGUACCAAAUCCUUAAAAGCAUUUCCCAACCUCACUGAUGUUUAUUGUCUUAUACAUCAUUCUUAUUAUAAGCAGUGAAUCUCUAUGUGACAUACAUUUUUGUAUUUAUGAAAAUAUAUAUUCUUAUUUUUCUUAAAAUUGAACUUUUUAUAAUACCACAAGGUACUUUCAAAAUGUGUUUCUUCUAAAAUAUUUAUGAUCUAGCUUAAAUAAAUUUCCAGACCACUUAAAUAUAAUAUAAAUAAAAUUAGUUAUUGUACUUUUAGGCAGCCUUAAAGUUAAAAUAGGAGUGCUGCUGAUGCAGUGGUUAAGCACUCGGCUGCUAACCAAAAGGUUGGCGGUUUGAACUCACCCAGCAGUUCGUGGGAGAAAGACCUGACAAUCUGCUCCUAUAAAGAUUGCAACCUAGAAAACCUUAUAGGGUGGUUGUACUUUGUCAUAUGAGGUCAUGAGUAGAAAAUUGACAUGAGGGGACCUAACAACAAGAAGAACAAAGUUAAAAUUGUGUGGGUGUGUAUACACACACACACACACACACGUGUGUGUGUAUGUAUGCAUGCAUACACAAAGGUUUAACUGUAAAAUUACUUUCAGUGAGAAUCAAGAGUAGACCUAGAAAAUGCUAUACAUUAUCAUUUUCUUCUUUGUUUACUUAAUAUCCCUAUACCUUUUUACUAAAAGUGCCUUCCCCAAGGUCAUAAAUAAGUUUUCCAUCACCAAACCAAGUAACUUUUCCAGUAUUGUUGCUUCCAGCAUAUUCUUCCUUUUUCUGGUUUUAAUUUCCUUCUUCUUGAGGUCUUUAGUAAUUCUUUCAGCGAACACCUGUGAGUGGAAAAUCUAACAAUGCCUGAAAAUAUCUUCAUUGCACCCUUAUUCCUGGUAGUUUAGCUGUCUGUAGGUUUCUAGAUUGAGAAUUAUUUUUUGUGAGCUCUUCAAGGAUAGGAAUCCAUUGUCUUGUGCCUGUUUGUUGUCUUUUUAUUUUUGUUAAUUUCUAGGCAAUUUUUCUUUCCUUUCUGGCUGCUUUUAAGGUUCCCUCUUUGUCUGUGGAGUUCUGUAGUGCUAGUAUGAUAAAUCUGGAUUUAAACACUCGUAUUUUAUUUAUAUUGCCUUUUAUAUUUCUUCAGUCUAAAUAAUCACGUCAUUUAUAAAUUCAGGAUAAUUGUCUGCCAUUAUUUCUUUGACUAUGUCCUCUUUUUUCUCCUUUCUCUUUCCAGAGCCCUACUUUAUUCUUGAAACUAAUUUCACUACAUUUUGCUAUCAUUGUGCUUCAUUGCCCUGGUAUUCUUGCAGCCAUUGUCAUAGAUCUGUGCUUCAUAAAUACACUCUGAAUGGUUUGGGAGGAAGACAGUGUUCUACAAGGUGUUUUGUCAGUCUCCUAACCGUGUCAGUUCUAUUCUCUCAAGUUUGAAUGUCCUUCCCUUCUCAGUACUUCACAAGUCCCUACCCAUUGUUUAAGACCCAGCUUUAAAGCUUUCUGCAGUCUUCUCUGGAGCAUUUGAAGCUUAUGGUGCUCCAUCCUUACUUGGGACUCCUGUUACAUUGUUGUUCCAUUUUAAAUUGCUUUUCAUCUUUUAUAUAACUUUUUCUGUAUAUCUGUUUUCUUUUCCAACUAGAUUGUAAAUUCCUUGCUGUUUUAUUUACAGUGUUGUCAUAAUACCCUGUGUACAGAGGACACUGAAGGAAUAUUUUAACUAUUCAUAAAUUAAGUAACUUUUUCUUUCAGGAAAAUUGGCAAAAAUCCCAUAAUUUAAGAUUUCUAUAAAUGUGAUGAUAGAAAUAUACUAAAGAUUCAGGAGUAGAUUACUCAACUUUGGUUCAAAUAUAUUUUCUAAUUUAUGUAUCUAAGUGGCAGUAUUGCAUGUGAAAGCUGGUCAAUGAAUAAGGAAGACCGAAGAAGAGUUGACGCCUUUGCAUUGUGGUGUUGGCGAAGAACAUUGAAUAUACCAUGGACUGCCAAAAGAAUGAACAAAUCUGUCGUAGAAGAAGUACAGCCAGAACGCUCCUUAGAGGCAAGGAUGGCGAGACUGCGUCUUACAUACUUUGGACAUGUUGUCAGGAGGGAUCAGUCCCUGGAGAAGGACCUCAUGCUUGGCAAAGUACAGGGUCAGCAGAAAAGAGGAAAACCCUCAACGAGGUGGAUUGACACAGUGGUUGCAACAACGAGCUCAAGCAUAACAACGAUUGUUGAAUCAAGGGAUUCUUUGAACAGUAUAGCCCUGAAAUUUGAUACAACACCCAAUGAACUUGUUCAGUUAAAUAAGUUAUUCUCCCGAGCAGUUGUUACUGGACAGGCAUUUCUGCAGGGUGAAUGUUUAGAACUGCAAUCGCUGGAUCAAAGAGUUUUAUAUGUUCCUGAUCCCGAAUACAUCUCCAGUGUUGAGAGCUCCCCAUCUAUAAGCCCCAUUAGUCCUCUGUCACCAACAUCAUCAGAGGCUGAAUUUGAUAAGACCACUGGCACCGUCAGUGGUGUGCUGCUAGUUACACCAAAUAAUAUAAUGUUCGAUCCACAUAAAACUGACCCCUUGGUUCAAGAAAAUGGCUGUGAGGAAUAUGGCAUCAUGUGUCCAAUGGAAGAGGUGAUGUCAGCUGCAAUGUACAGAGAAAUUUUGGAUAGCAAAAUAAAGGAAUCCCUACCCAUAGAGAUAGAACAGUUAUCAGUAAGAGACUUCUGCCAUUUAAAGAAAACGACAAGAAGUAACCCUGAGGAAAUAGACUCAAGAGUCCGUGAGGUAGGAAAUGAUAGUGCCAGCACUGCCCCCCGAAGCACUGAGGAAUCUUUUUCUGAAGAUGUGUUCACAGAAUCAGAGCUCUCUCCUAUACGAGAGGAGCUGAUCUCCUCAGUAGAGCCACAGCAAGAUCAGACUUCUGGGGCAUCGUCAGAAUCUGUGCAAACUGUCAGUCAGACUGGAACAGAAUGUGUGGCAGUCAUAUCAGAGUCUGAGAGUAUCCCUGGUCACUUAAAAUUCAACAAUGGACAUUCUACAAAUGAAGUUGGGACUCCAUCUCAUCAAAGUGACGUAAAUAAUGUUGAAAUGGCCAUAAAGGAAGGAGAUCAGGUUACAGAUAAAGGUCAAGAGAUACCAGGUCCUAAAGAGCAAAGCACAAAUAUAAAAGGUAAUGGAGACCAGAAUUUUCUUCUUGCUGAUAGUUCACUACACCAGGGAGAUAGUGAAAAAGAAAGUAUGCCUUAUGCGGAAGUAACAGAGUUUAAACAAAAGCAAACUGUCAACAAAGGAAAACUGGCAAAGGAGCAAAACCGGGACUCAGAGACAGAGGUAGAAGAGCUGCGCAAACUCUGGAAAACCCAUACUAUGCAACAAACUAAACAACAAAGGGAUAAUAUUCAACAAGUGUCACAAAAAGAAAUUAAACAUAAAAUACCAGCUGCUGAUGGACAUGUAGAAGGUUCUGCACUGUUAAAAGAAAAGAGAAGGCAUCGAUUACAUAAAUUCUUAUGUCUCAGAGUUGGAAAACCAAUGAGGAAAACAUUUGUAUCUCAAGCAAGUGCAACAAUGCAACAGUAUGCCCAGAGAGAUAAGAAACAUGAAUAUUGGUUUGCUGUACCACAAGAAAGGACAGACCACUUGUAUGCCUUCUUUAUUCAGUGGAGUCCAGAAAUAUAUGCUGAAGAUACUGGUGAAUAUACUAAAGAACCUGGAUUUAUAGUAGUAAAAAAGAUUGAAGAAUCUGAAACAAUUGAGGAUUCUUCUAAUGAAGCGGCAGCCAAAGAAUGGGAGGUAGUAUCAGUGGCUGAGUAUCACCGCAGGAUCGAUGCUCUAAAUACUGAAGAACUGCGCACACUCUGCAGACGUCUCCAGAUUACUACAAGAGAAGACAUAAAUUCAAAGCAGGUUACUCCUGUAAAAGCAGACCUGGAGCCUGAGUCAUUUCGACCAAACCUAAGUGAUCCCAGUGAACUCUUACUGCCAGAUCAAAUUGAAAAGCUUACCAGACAUCUCCCACCAAGAACAAUCGGCUAUCCAUGGACUCUUGUUUAUGGUACUGGGAAGCAUGGCACAAGUUUGAAGACGCUUUACCGAACAAUGACAGGUUUGGACACCCCAGUGCUAAUGGUGGUUAAAGACAGUGAUGGCCAGGUUUUUGGUGCAUUAGCAUCUGAGCCAUUUAAAGUGAGCGAUGGCUUCUAUGGUACCGGAGAGACCUUUGUUUUUACAUUCUGUCCAGAUUUUGAGGUCUUUAAGUGGACAGGAGAUAAUAUGUUUUUUAUCAAAGGAGACAUGGAUUCACUAGCUUUUGGUGGUGGAGGGGGAGAAUUUGCUCUUUGGCUGGAUGGAGAUCUCUACCAUGGAAGAAGCCAUUCUUGUAAAACGUUUGGGAAUCAUACACUUUCUAAGAAGGAAGAUUUCUGUAUCCAAGACAUUGAAAUCUGGGCAUUUGAAUAAAUAUACAGUGCUCUCUGUCUUAGCAGGAUAAUGCCCCACACCUGACAUGGCCAAGCAUUGUUUUGAAAGUUCAAGUAGCAAUACAAUGUAACAUGUCACUAGUGUUUUAAAAUUAGUCCGUAACACUACUUAUGACAGCUAUAAUUUUGGAGUUUAUUUUAAAAUCAUGUUUCUGUCCCAAAGUUCUUUAGGUUUAGACCGUGGCCUGGAUCUGUGUAGCAUAACAGCUUGGGUUUGGUCAGAAUUUUGACAUCAUUUUGAUCGUAGUGACCACCUCAUCUACAAUCCAUGUUAUCCCAAUCUCCUAAUAGGAUGGUGCUCUUUCGUUGAACCUAUUUUGGUUUAUUAUUUUUUUUUUCUGACAAUAUUGAUUGUUUACUAGAGUAGUCUAACUGAGGUAUUGAGGGCAUGAAGACUAAAUAGAUAUUACUUAAUCAAUAUGAGGUUGACGCAGGUGAGUUUUGGACAUGCUCAAGUUAGUUAUUCUGAAUGAGAACCACAUGCCAAAAUAAUGCAUACUCUGUAGACCACUGAGUUCUAGUUUUAAGUCACACUACGGCAUUCUUUUUAUUAAUUUUGAAGGUAUUCUCAAUUUCAUCUUACUAAAAAUGAAACUUGAGGAGAAUUCUGGUUGUAAUAGACCACAGUGCACAUGACUUGCAGGUUUGGGCGUAUGCUUUCAUCACUGAGUUAUCUGAUAAGCAUUUAUGAAAUAACAAAGGAGAAUGAGAACUUGAUAAUUCUAUUGGAUUUAAUAUAUUAAGCCAGAAAAUAUAGUAUUUACAUAUUUGUAGCUUAGCAGGGCAUUAUCCUAAGUAUACAAACUAUGAAACAGAUGCAUAUUUCUUCAGUAUUGUGUCAGAUACACUGUUUUAUAGUUCUGCUGUUCUAGCAUUGUUGCACACCAACCCUCAAAAUAUAGUUUAUUCCUGUUCAAAAGGAAAAAAAAAAAAAAAACACUUGUGAUUUUUUAAUUCAGUGGUAUAUGUUAUUAAUUACCCUUAGCAUUUGCUCUUAUAAAAGGGCAGUGAUUGUAGUUGACAAUAUUGUAACUCAGUAGAUUGUGGAAUAUGCAAACUUACUGUCAAGUGACCUCAAAAAAAUAAAAAGAUAGACUAUACUAGUAGUUCUUAUCCUCUUUUGUAGGAAAACCAAUAAUAAGCCAUUGUGGCAAUAAUUCAUCAGUUAAUUUCAAGCUUCGUGUUAUGCAAAAAAAUAAAAAUCUACAAAACCCUGCUGUUAUACAUGUGACAGUGACUUUGUGCUGAAAUUUCAGCUAUUCCAGAUAAAUGUUGUAUAUUAUAUUGUAAAUUAAUGUUUAAAAGUAGAUUUGUUCUCAUAGGAAGUGUUGAUUGCCAGGCUGCUUAUAGCACUUUGAAUUAUUCUAAAAAUGAAAUUACAGGCCAAAUAUGUUGGCUUAAGUAGUUUUAGUUGUAUAGCACUUGAAUAUAUUUAGUUCUUUUGAAAGUUUAAGUAAUUAUCUAAAGAAAGCAUAAUGCUAAUGGGAAAAAAAUGUGAUGUUCUAUUGUAAUAUGCUAUUGCUGAAUCUGAAUAGAAAUCCAGGGCAUCAUUUCCUUGUCUAUGUAAAGCUCUCUCUGUAUAAAUUAGUAACGGUAUAUAGAUUAAAUGUUUACAGUAUAAGCAAUUGUAAAUAAAUAUAUCUGUUUUUUUUUUUUUUUUUCCCUUUUUGUCUUCCACAGCAGUAUUAUUGUCUUUGUGGAGUUGACUAACCACAAAAAAAAAAAAAAAAAAUCCUGUAAUUGAUUUCAAUUACAAUAAGGUCAUAGCGGUGUACACCAAAUAAAAUUAAAUACAUAUAUAUAUACACAUUUGAGUUUGGCUUUAUUGAAUAUUAAAUUACUUUCAUAACCUAAGAAAUCUUUUAUUAAAUAUGCUGCUAUCUUCUGUGUAUAAAAAUGCUUGUAGUUGCCUGUAUUAAUGUGAUGAUGGUGGUGGUGAUGGAAGAGUGCGUCCCAGGUGGAGGAAGUACGGCAGUUUAGAAAAUGAAGAUGUUCGAUAGCACUUGGCGUGUGGGAGAGUGAGAGUCAGUUGAUAUUUCUAAAGUAUGUUGUUUUUUGUUGGAAGGUCUGUAAUAGAGUUAAGUUCCGUGUCAUUAAGAGUUUUGUUGUAUGCGAUGCCAAGAAAUUUUUUUUUUUUUUUUUUUUAACCCUGUAGGAGCAAUUGGGAACAUUGAGUGGAGGACUGAUAUGAUCAAAUUUGCAUUUUAGGAGGAUCACUGUGGAAAAUAGAUUAGUAGAGAAAAAAACUAGAAACAAGGUGGCUGAUAAACAAGCCUGUAGUAUAUAGUACAGAGAAAAAAUUAUGAGACCUGAAUGAGAAUAGUGCAGUGGUGAUAAGGAGACAUGAAUUUGAAAGAAAUUUAGAAAUUAGGAUUGAUAGCAUUUGGUUAUUGAUUGGAUAUCAGAGAGAACAAAUUAAGGAUAGCUGUCAAGUUUCUUACUUAGAAAUGGGCAUAUUAUUCAUCAAGAUGGGUGAUGUACAAAGAGAAGAAACAAGAAGAGGAUGAGGAAAUCACAUUAGUUAUGGACCCUAUUGUAUGAUUUGAGAAAUUGGAGAUUAGAUUUGGGGCGAGAGGGGCAUUUACUAUUCUAUGCUAAUAGGUAAAAAGAUUUAAAAACAACAUACAGGUAGAUGUUGAAGUCAUAUCUUAUACAUGAGAUGCCCUUGGAGGUUAUGGAAUGAAGUGAAAAGAGGAUGCCUGAGGUAGAAUUCAGGGUUAUAGUUUUAUUAUGUGACAGGCAGAUGAAAAUGUUCUAAGCUUCCAUCUCAAGAGACUAGAAUUAAAAAAAAAAAAAAGAUUGCCAUCGAGCUGAUUCCAUCUGAGAGCAACCCGAUAGGACAGAGUACAACUGCCCCAUAGAGUUUCCAAAGAGCACCUGGUGGAUUCAAACUGCUAACCUUUUGGUUAGCAUCCGUAGCAUUUAACCACUGCGCCACCAGGGCUUCCAAUAAGAACAGCAAAUUAAAGCAAAAGAAAACAGAAGACAGACCAAGAUAAAAAUGUGAGCAGAAAUUACAUUAACAACAAAUGUAUAGUACAGAACAUCUCUGAAAAUGUUAAUAAAAUCGUGAACUCCUAGCAAGAUUGAGCAAGAAAAAAAAAUUACAUUGUUGGGAGUUUAAGAGGAGACACCAUUACAACCUAUAAAUCUGUGAAAAUUUUUGAAUCAAUAAGCUUGACAAUCUAGGUGAAACUGAAAAAUAUUUUGGAAAACUAUUAAAUCUGACCCAAGAAGAAAUAAAAAUUUUGUAUUACGGGAACUGACUCUGUUCAUUUAAAAAAAAAAAAAAAACCUUCCCACAAAAAUCCCAGGCCC